AUGCCUAUAAUCGACCAUACUUUACUUGGGCUCCAUAUUUGCCUUUUUGGAAGCUCAAAUAGAAUUCCAACAUUGAACCAUGGCAAUGACGAAUUAAAGACCAAAUUCAGCCAGCCUGAAAAAAGUCUUCAAGAAAACAUUCACUCAAAGACUCUAAAAGAUCUUAAAGGAUGGAAAAAGAACUUUUAUCUAGAACCUAAAAGAAAUAUCCAAAGAUUUACCAAAAUAUUUGAGGACUUAUAA